AUGGCCCAUUCAAGCUCAACAGUUGUUCGCGAUUUUCCGGAAGGACCAGGGAAAGCCGGGCACAAUAGUCGCCCGCGACAGCCACCUGCGCGGCGACUCCGACAGCCACCGAGGCGUCCAAGGGCCCCUCUGGCGAGGGCGAAAGCCUUCUCAACGACAUCACGACUGCGCUCCGAAGAACACCGAGGCCUCGCGAUCCCGAGCCUUCCCUAUCGGUUCGAGACGGGCAUUGCUCUCUUCGCCAAGCGAGCGCCACGGCCAUUUCCGCCUCCUUUCCUCUCUCGACCGUCAAACUCCUUCUCUGAUGCGCUGAGCACCCACGACCACAGCCGCGACCGUCGCGCGCGCGUCAAUGGCGAGAUUAUUCUAGGCAAGACAAAUGGCGACGACGCCGUGUAUGCCAGCGACUACUUCAUUUGCGCGAAUGACGGCGUGGGCGCCUGGUCGACACGACCGCGAGGCCACGCAGGGCUCUGGUCACGACUUAUCCUGCAUUUCUGGGCCUCGGCUCUCCGAGACGACCUGGCCAAGCUACAGUCGGCGGAGGACAAGUAUGAGCCCAAUCCGGUCGCGUUCCUGCAGCAAGCCUACGACAGCACGAUAAAGGCGACGGCCGAACCGGCAAACUGGCAGGGAACAACGACCGCUAGCGGCGCGCAGCUUCACUUUAAGACCCUGGAAGACGGAAAGACAAACCCCGUGGUGUACGUCACGAACCUGGGUGACUGCCAGGUCAUGGUGCUUCGGCCCAAGGACGAAAAGGUCAUCUACAAGACGAAGGAGCAGUGGCACUGGUUCGACUGCCCGCGCCAGCUUGGAACCAACAGCCCCGACACGCCUGAGAAGAACGCGGUCAUGGACAAGGUCGAGGUGCGCGUGGGAGAUGUUGUCCUUGCGAUGAGCGACGGUGUGAUCGAUAACAUGUGGGAGCACGAGAUUGUUCACAGCGUACGAAACAGUCUGGAGAGGUGGGAAAAUGGCGAGGGCGGCAAGGUCGAGGGCGAUAGGACCGAUGGCGCAAAUGGCGGCAUGAAGUUUGCUGCCGAAGAGCUGGUCACGGCGGCGAAAGUCGUAGCCCUCGAUCCCUUUGCGGAAAGUCCAUUUAUGGAGCAUGCAAUCGAGGAGGGCUUGGCCAGCACAGGAGGCAAGCUUGACGACAUCAGUGUAGUGGCGGCACUCGUCACGGAUAAUGAAACAUAUCACAAGUGCAUUGUAGGUCACCAGCAAAAUGCAAUUCUCGAAUCACAUAUAUGCGUAGUUGCUUGUCCCGUUCCAUUCGAGGCGUGGAGGGGUACUAGUUAUGGAGGGGUUGGAUCAGCCUUGACGUCUUGGCCCGUUGUCAAAGCGCUUAUCUUAUCGCGCCAAAGAAAAAAAGUUCGCCUGCGACAUCCAGCCUUCAAGACCCAAGCGCCAGUCCCGCUGCCAGCUCCGAGCAACUCGACCGUCAAUCACAUCACCGACAGACACAGCGAGCGCCCACAGCCCGCCCCCUACUCGCCCAAGAUGCGCGGAAAACGAAGCAAACAGUAUCGCAAGCUGAUGACCCAGUACUCGCAGAUCUGGGGCUUCCGCGAACCGUACCAAUGCCUGAUCGACGCCGAAAUGGUCAUUGACUGUCACAAGUUCAAGUACGACCUUGUCGCAGGCUUGAAGAGGACGUUGCACGGCGAGGUGAAGCCCAUGAUCUCGCAAUGCGAGAUUCGCAAGCUCUACCUGCGCAAGGCGGAGCCUGAGAUGAAUACGAUCAUCGAGUUCGCCAAGACGCUCGAGCGACGACGCUGCGGCCACUUGCCGGAGGACUAUCCCGAGCCGCUGCCGACGAACGAGUGCUUCAAGGCUGUGGUCGAUCCGAAGGGUAACAAUGUCAACAAGCACAAGCUCGUCGUGGUGUGUCAGGACGACGAGGUGCGACGGAUGCUGCGGUCGAUUCCCGGCGUGCCGCAGAUCUACAUCAAGCGCAGCGUCAUGAUUCUCGAGCCGAUGGCGAGCGAGAGCGCGGAGAUCAGAGCGCGAGAGGAGAAGAGCAAAUACAGGGCGGGGCUCAAGGGGUCUGCGCCGCCCGGCGCGAAGAGGAAGAGGGAGGCGGACGACGAGGGCGAUCAGGACGGCGACGGCAAGGAGGCGAAGGACAGCGAUGCGACGGACGCCAAAAAGAAGAAGAAGAAGGCGUACGGCAAGAAGGAGCCCAACCCACUGGCUGUCAAGAAGGCCAAGGACGCGAGCAGGAACGCAAAGCAGGGAUCAGAACCUGAAAAGAAGAAGCGCAAGAGGAAGCACAAGGCGCCAGCUGGCGAGGGACAAGCUGGCGAGAAUGGUGAGGCAGCGGCACCGGCCCCAGCACCCGUGAAGGAAGAGGCAUGA